AUGGAUUUUAUAUCGUUUGAUUUACAAUCAACUCAUCUUUCUUAUGAAGAAAGACGAUGGUUAUAUGAACAAAGAAAAACAAAAAGUAUUGAUAAAAUGUUAAAUGAAAUGGAUGAAUUACAUAAAAUGAUUAUCAGUUAUCCAAAUUUUUCUCAAACUGAGUAUGUACCACUUACUCCAAUGAAUGACACUGAUGUACUGUACUAUCAGACACUGGUGGAUGAAGCGACAGACAAUAAAAUCGAUUUGUUUCGUUUACAUCGUUUACAAAUGAUUCAGUCAUUAUUCAAAGAUUUUGACGAUCAUUUAUUUAAACAUUUUACCAUAAUAAUUGAAGGUUACAUAUUUUACGCGUCUCAGACAGUGGAAUUACGCUAUAUUGAUUACGAAACGAACCUUAAAUGGAAACGACAUCAUCAACCUCUCGCAGUUAUUUCGAAACCAACGAUACAAAAGCAUUCCACUGGUCUAUACGGUGAUCUCGCAGUCACUGUUCAACAUUCAUUGUCCAUCAUUUAUCCGUAUAAUGAUAAGAUCGUUUUUAAUAAAAAAUAUCCACAAUAUUGGCAACAAGAAAGUCAAAAUGAAACGGACAAUGACAGUGAAGAUGCAUUAUUUAAAUUGGUUUCAAUUGAAAAAGAUAGUGGAGAAUAUGCCUAUAUGUUUGAUAGUAUCAAGGCAGCAUGA